AUGCUGCAGAUGCGAUCUCUCGCGCUGCGGCCACUGCUGGUGUCCAAGGGGCUGGGCAUGGUUGCGGCAGGGCUGCAGCAGCGGCGCAUGCGCGCCGCGCUAGUCAAGGCAGCCCAGGAGGAGCCAGACAACGGCGAGGAGGUGGCGGCGCCAGAGCCGUCCGCCGCCGCCGCCACGCCGCCGCCGCCAGCCAGCCUCAGCGAGCUGCCGGCCUAUCCGCCAGAGUUUGUGCGGCGCCGCCUCAUCACCUUUGUGGGCAUCGUGCUGGGCUACAGCUGCUUCUACCUGACCCGCAACUCCCUCACCUACACAGCACCCGUCAUGGUGGCGGACCCGUCGCUCCCCAUCGGCAUGACUGAGAUUGGCACCAUGACCUCCAUCUUCCCCAUUGCUUACGGCUUCAGCAAGUUUGUGAGCGGCGUGCUGGGCUCCCGCACCUCGCCCACCAUGCUGCUGGCGGGCGGCCUCAUGGCCACCGCCGCCCUCAACGUCGCCUUUGGCUUCUCCACGUCCCUCGUCUGGUUCUGCACCUGGUGGGCGAUGAACGGCAUGCUGCAGGGCGUGGGCGCGCCCUGCUGCGCCCGCAUCCUCACCUCCUGGUUUGCGGCCAAGGAGCGCGGCACGUACUGGGGCAUGUGGAACAUCGCACACAACAUGGGCGGCUUCCUGGCACCCAUCCUGGCGGGCACGGCAGCAAAGAUGUACGGCUGGCAGUGGGGGAUGUUUGCGCCCGGCAUCGUGGGCACAGCCAUGGGCCUGCUCAUCCUGCUGGGCGUGCGGGACUCGCCGGAAGCAAUUGGCUACCCUCCUGUGGAGGCCCGCAAGGAGGCGCCUCCCAACGCCGACGGCAGCCAGGCGCCCAAGGAGAGCCUGGUCAGCCUGCUGGUCAACGACUGCCUCAAGAACCCGUACGUUGUGGGCCUGGCCCUGACCUACUUCUUCAUCUACGUCGUGCGCCAGGGCGUCACCUCCUGGUUCGUCUUCUAUCUGCUGCAGGUCAAGGGGGUGGCAGACGCGGGCGCUGCCUCGCUGCGCGUGUCCGGCCUGGAGCUGGGAGGCCUGUUUGGGUCGCUGCUGGCGGGCAAGCUGAGCGACAUGCUGAUCAACAACUCCCAGGGCAGCGGCGGCAACGUGGGCAAGCGCGUGGUCAUCGCCUACACGCUGGGCAUCGCCGCCAUGCUUAUGGCCUUUGCCGCGGUGCCCGCCUCCAUGGGCGCCAUGCAGUGGGCCACCGUCUUCAUGAUCGGCUUCUUCCUGUACGGGCCCCAGAUGAUGAUUGGGCUGUGCGGCGCGGAGCUGGUGCGACCGGAGAGUGUGGGCGCCAGCCAGGGCUUCCUGGGCUGGGUGGCCUACCUGGGCGCCGCCAACGCCGGCAUCCCGCUGUCCAUCAUCGUCAAGGACUACGGCUGGGGGGCCUACUUCACAGCGCUGCUUGCUGCGUGCGGCGCCGCGGUGCUGCUGCUGGCGCCCAUGAUUGGUGCCAAGUCUUACAUCCAGCUGGAGAAUGAGCGCAAGGCUGCGGCCGCCAAGCUGGCGUGA